CGGGAUAAUUUCUGGGCUUUCUGUGGGUCGUUUGAUCACACAGCUGGCGAGCCCAGCCGUCUGCUUCCUCCCGCGGCCCGCGCCGCCCGCCUCUCUCGCCGCUUGCAGCCUGCCUCUCCUGAAUCCAUGGCUUGAUUCGACUUGCUCCGUCGCCAAUUGACCAUCCUAGCUCGCCAUGCUCGCGGCAGUCGCGCCUGCCACCAUCACGGCCGCGUCCUAGCGGGUCGCGCGAUCACAUGGCCAGGCCUGCGCUGAAGACGCUCGCCACCGGACCACAGGAAGCCAAGGAGGAGAUCCUCCAGCUCUGCUCCAGCGGCCGCCUCAAGGAUGCUCUCCACCACCGCUUCCUUGGCGUCAUCUGGUCGGAGGCUGGCCUCUUCGCCCACCUCUUCCGGGCCUGCCGCGCCCUCCCAAUCCUCCGCCAGCUCCACGCCUUCGCCGCUACAUCUGGCGCCACCGCCGACCGCUUCACCGCGAACCACCUCCUGCUCGCCUACGCCGACCUUGGCGACCUCCCAACCGCGCGCAACCUGUUCGAGAGAAUUCCCAAACGGAAUGUUAUGUCCUGGAACAUUCUCAUUGGGGUUUACAUCAAGAACGGUGACCUGGGAACCGCGCGGAAGCUGUUUGACGAAAUGCCCGCGAGAAACGUCGCGACGUGGAAUGCCAUGGUUGCUGGACUCACAGACUCGAGACUUAACGCGGAGAGCUUGGAGUUCUUCCUUGCCAUGCGGAGGGAGGGUAUGCGGCCUGAUGAAUUUGGCCUUGGGAGCGUGCUCCGGUGCUGUUCUGGGCUCAGAGAUAUUGUGUCCGGACGACAGGUCCAUGCAUACGUCGUGCGGUCUGGACUGGACAGGGACAUGUGCGUUGGGAGCUCGUUGGCUCAUAUGUAUAUGCGGUGUGGUUUUCUUGAAGAAGGAGAAACUGUGCUCCGAGCGUUGCCUUCGCUUAACAUUGUGUCAUGCAAUACCAUAAUUGCCGGAAGGGCGCAGAAUGGAGACUCAGAAGGGGCGCUCGAGUAUUUCUGCAUGAUUAGAGGUGCUGGUGUGGCAGCAAAUGCAGUCACAUUCGUGAGUGCCAUUAGUUCUUGCUCGGACUUGGCAGCUCUUGCACAAGGUCAGCAAGUUCACGCACAAGCUAUCAAGGCUGGAGUCGACAAGGUUGUGCCUGUCAUGACUUCUCUUGUGCAUAUGUACUCUCGAUGCGGGUGCUUAUGUGACUCGGAAAGAGUUUGCUUUGGGUAUAGUGGCUUAGAUCUUGUCCUUUGUAGUGCGAUGAUCUCAGCUUAUGGAUUCCAUGGUCAUGGGCAGAAAGCAGUUGACUUGUUCAAACAAAUGAUGAGUGGAGGGUCAGAACCUAAUGAGGUUACUUUCUUGGCAUUGCUAUAUGCAUGCAGCCAUAGUGGUCUGAAAGAUGAAGGCAUAGAUUGUUUCGAGCUUAUGACUAAGACUUAUGGUCUGCAGCCAAGUGUUAAACACUACACUUGUAUUGUGGAUCUUCUUGGACGUUCAGGUCGCCUAAACGAAGCAGAGGCCCUCAUCUUGUCGAUGCCUGUGCGUCCUGAUGGGGUCAUAUGGAAGACAUUAUUGUCUGCUUGUAAGAUCCAAAAGAAUUUUGACAUGGCUGAGAGGAUAGCAGAACGUGUCAUUGAGUUGGAGCCUCAUGAUUCCGCCUCUUAUGUUCUUCUAUCAAAUAUUCGAGCUACCAGCAGCCGGUGGGAGGAUGUCAGCGAGGUAAGAAAAACCAUGAGGAAGCAGAAUGUGAGGAAAGAACCUGGAGUUAGCUGGGUGGAGCUUAAGGGUCAGGUGCACCAAUUCUGCACAGGGGAUAAAUCCCAUUCAAGGCAAAGAGAGAUCGAUGAAUGCUUGGACAAAAUGAUGGCCAAGAUUAAGCAAUGUGGGUAUGCACCAGACAUGAGCAUGGUGUUCCAUGACAUGGAGGAUGAGGAGAAAGAAGUUAGUUUGGCUCACCACAGUGAGAAGUUGGCUAUAGCAUUUGCUUUUCUCAGCUUACCUGAAGGAGUUCCAAUUCGGGUUAUGAAGAAUCUACGUGUGUGUGAUGAUUGCCAUUUAGCUAUUAAGUUGAUGUCUAAGGUAACUGGUCGGGAGAUUGUGGUCCGAGAUGUUAGCCGUUUUCACCAUUUCAAGGAUGGAAAAUGCUCUUGUGGAGAUUAUUGGUGAUAGGAGUAGACUGCCAUGGAAAUAUCUUUAGCCUCAGUUGAGGGAACAAGACUUGUAGCUCUGAUUUAUGCAGGCAGUACAUGGCUGUCUACAAGCCCAUCGAUUUGCCCAACGGAAAGAUCGGUAUGCUGAUGGUCAAUGCGGGUUGGAUUCUAUUUCUUUGUGACUCGAAGUGGGGUCAUUACUAUUGUUUAGCAAAUCUGGCCAUUCUGAACCAUCUUGCGGUGCACCAGCAUGUGAGUCAUUCUGCCCUGUUACUCGGCCUCUUUGAAAGUGUUCAGUCUGCACUUCUCUCUUUACAAGCUGGAGUUCCUGAUUAGUGCAAAUAAUUGGAUUAGUUCAGUUCUGAAACUUGGAAUUUCUAAUAUGUCAUAAAUUCUGCAAAGAAGAGAUGGUUUCUGGUGAGUAAUUCAGGUCCUAAAUACAAUUAUCUCUUUGGACAUCAAGUUAACUAGAAAAUAGCGCUCCGUUUCCCCUCGGGAGUCUCUGCAGCCCUUAACAGGUUUGUAGCAAGGUUUUGAAAAUCGACUAUUAUAUUUAACAAAGGAAAGGAAGCAACAUGUGAUCAGUCUACUACAUGUUUUUUGAAUUCAUCUACACAACUGACUUCUGACCAACAUAUUUCUUAGUUAAACAAUAAUACGUUGGCCAUCGUAACAGGGACAACAUAUACAAAUUUCUAAGUUCAAGACGGUAACGCCCAAUCAUCAUGUAUUGUCUGUUCUGCUCCCCAUGGCUUACUGAGAGAGCAUGAAGGAUGUCCAUUCUUCAAGUCUUCUAUCUUGGAAACUAUCUGUAUGCUCUCCUUUCCUUACAAAUCUGAAAAUAAACACAGCGAAAAGAAAAGGAGUUGGACAGUUAAAAUUGGUAGAAACAUCACAGCCCAUAAC